AUGGACAUUAUCGAGUUACAACCGGUUCAGCGGUCUGGAAGUCUUGACAACAACAAUCACCAUGCUGAAAAUACCGCCAAGCAACAGGGGACUUCAGAUAAUAGACACAGGCUGACCACCAAUGAUGCAGCAGAGGAAGAAAAGCCCUUGCUUUCUCCUGAAAAGGUUCCUGUUGGUAAUGGCGGGCAGCAUCAUGUUGAUGGAGCAGGGGUCAACCAAGAUUCCAUCUCUCUCAACAUACAGAACAACAUCGGCAACAAGGAAAUGACCAGCAGGGUGCGCAGAAGUCUGUGGAAGGUCCUCUGCCUCAUCUUCCUCAUCGCGCUGGUGAUUGGAGUCUCCGUCAUUGUGUGUUUAGUGAUCCAAGAUGACGUGGAUGAGAAGUACGAUCCAGCCUUGUUCAAGCUGCCGCGACAUUUCAACGGAAGCUUCAGACUGACCAAUCAGAUAUUCACACCAGAGCUGCUAUCCCCAGCGUCCAAUCAGAGUAAGGCCCUGUCCAGCCAACUAAAAGAGAAGUUGUCUGAUCUCUACAGUUUAUCUCCGGCCCUGGGUCGCUACUUCUCCAGUGCUGGAAUCUCUGACUUCAGAAACGGCUCUGUGGUAGCUGACUACUGGCUCCGGUUCCUGAUGCCCCUGAACGAUGCCGAGUUGGAGAAGUUCACUCUGAGUAGAGAGAUGGUGUAUAACGUCUUUAGACAGUCUCUCUAUGACCAAGACCCUGAGCUCAACCACCCACUGUAUAUACACCCGGCUUCACUGGACAUGCAGGGUGAGACACACACACUGGACACGCAGGUUGGCAGUGACUAGUGAGAGCACAAGUGGCGUGCUGUGUUGGUGCCAUAAUCAGGUGGUAUUUGGGGUACGCCUGACUGUCUGUGACGUUGUGUUUCUGUCCUCUACGAUGCUGCAUCCACCCAUAUCUCAGAGGAAGUGGCAUGAGGAUGGGGCCACCACAGCCAGAAAGGGGGAUAUGUUUGCUUUCUAGUGUUUUAAACAAAAAAUGUCUUUCUAUAUUUUCUAUAUUCUAUAUAAGUGGAAUAUCUGAUGGAUACAUAGAACCCAUGGACCAACCCAGACAGACACAUAUAAUGGAAUCCUGUGAGUGGGGAAGUCUGGUGAAACUGGGUCACUAUUACUGUAUCAGCGGCACGUCCAACCUGACAGACUAUGAAAGUGUCCCUUGACCAUUUACAUUUACAUCAUUUAGCAGACGCUCUUAUCCAGAGCGACUUAGAAAUUGGUGCAUUCAACUUAUGAU